AUGGCGGCGGCGGGGCCCGCAGCGCUGCCCGCGCUCUGCAGCCGGCGGCUGGGCGAGUUCCUGCGCCAGGUGGAUGACACCGACCUGCUAUGGCUGGAGGAGAUCCGCGAGGAGGCGGCCAGGAUGUUCAGCAGCCACUACAGUGACGAGCCGGAGCUGAUGCCGAAAACACCGUCGCAGAAGAACCGGCAGCGGAGGAAGCGCCUCUCGGUCCUGCAGGAGGAGAGCCAGGAGCCGGGCAGGAAGCGAUUAUCCAGGAGGAGGAACAGCAGUGCCAGACGGGCAUCCCAACGACUCCGAAACAAAGAAACCCUGGAACUCAUUAGGGCUGAGGUCAAACAAGUCUCUCCACCCCGACGUGUGACCCGCUCCCAGGCUGCAGCCUCUGCUGAAGUCCCCGGGCUCCUUCCCAAGCCCCUUGCUGCCCCACAGCACCUUCCCUGCGUCAAGAUCAACGCCAGUGACUGUGCUAGUGCUGAGCUCUACCUCCAGAAGAGCACAGCUGAGGAGCCCUCCAUACCUAUCCUCUCCAGCUCAGAUGAUGACUCUCCCCAGGAAACUGGGGUGGCCAAGUCACCCCCUGUCCCCACAGCCCCUGAGCUGCUGGUCCCCAGCACCCCCCAGGCCGACAACAGGGCAGGCAGCAGCAAGGCUGCACCCAAGCUGGAGGCAGCACAGGCAGUGAACACCACGUUCAUUCUCAGUGAAGAGUCUGGGCUGGAGGGGGCAGGGGGCCCUGCUGAGGUGGAAGAGGUCUCUGUGGUGGAACCCCCCCAGCCCCUCAGAGACAACCCACCCACCCCCACGGGUUCCAGGCGCAGCCGCCGCUCCGUGCGCAGGAGUCUGAUGGGCAAAACUUCCCUGACCCACAGAACCUCCCUGGCAGAGAAAUACUCCCUGGCCAGCAAGAGGGAAAGCAUGACCCGCAAAUCCAUCACCAGGGCUACAGCCAAGAGGAGGACAGCUCACCAGUCAUCUGUGGCCUCCAGCUCCGUGGAUGCCUCCAGCUCUGGGGAGGUGGCAGAGGAGGAAGAAACAGUUCUCAGACCUGGGCUGCCUCCUGGACCUUGUACCCCCUCUAAACAGAAUCCCCAAAGUCCACGUCUGUCGCUUCGCUCUCCCACCGUCAGCAGGAACGAGCAGCAGCAGGAGACAGACAACAAUGAGAGCAACUCGAAGAAGAGUGGGGAGACACAGGAGCCACCCCAGAGUGCCAGGAGGAAGCCAAGUUACAAAAGAGCUGUGGAUGAGCGCUAUGACAAUCAGCAAGCAGAAGAGGGAGGGCUUUCUCCUCUGAGAAGAAAGACCCCAUCCCCUACCUUUCCAGCCAGCAAAGUUGUGCGGCCUUUCAAAACUUUCUUGCACACUGUGCAGAAGAAUCAGCUCCUCAUGACACCAAGCUCCGUGGGGAGAAACGGAGUCAUAAAAUCUUUUAUUAGGUACAACACUCCUCUCCAGUCUGACCCCAAGGAAAAGGAGAGACAGAAGCUUGAAACUUUGAGGAAAAAGCAAGAAGCUGAGCAGCUGAGGAAACAAAAACUGGAGGAAGAAAAGAAACGGAGGCUGGAAGAGGCCAGGCUGAAGCGUGAGGAGCGGCUGCUCAAGGUGCUGCAGGCUCGGGAGAGGGCAGAGCAAAUAGAGGAAGAGAGGAAGAGGCGCAUUGAGCGGAAGAUUGCUCUCUUUGAUGAGAAGACUGAGAAGGUGCGGGAAGAAAGAUUGGCAGAAGAGAAGAUCAGAAAGAGAGCAGCUGCCAAGAAAAUGGAAGAAGCAGAGGCCCGGCGCAGGCAGGAUGAAGAGGCCAGGAAACUAAAAGCACUGCAGCAGGAGGAAGAGGAACGUCGGCACAAGGAGCUAAUGCUGAAGAGGAAGGAAGAGGAGCAGGAACGUGCCAGGAAGAUUGCUGAGCAGAGACAGGCAGAACAGGAGAGAGAGAAACAGCUGGCUGCAGAGAGAGAGCUGGAGAGGAAGAGGGAAAAGGAGAGGAUCCAGGCUGAAAGGCUGCGAGAACAGCAGGAGAAUGCUGCUCGUCUGCAGAAGGAGGUGUUGGCUGCCAAAGGGCAGCUCCACAAGGAGAUGGAGAAGAAAGAAAAUUCUCCAGCUGUCACUUCCUACCAGAUGACUCCACAGGCCCAGAAGGCUCCCAAGCUCCCCAUCAUAAAUCCAAACAACUAUGGGAUGGAUCUGAACAGCGACGACUCCACCGAUGACGAGAGUCAUCCUCGCAAGCCCAUCCCUGCCUGGGCCACUGGGCAUCUGCUCAUACAAGCUGUAGCCCGGCAGUACCACAAACCCCCCAACGUGGACGCUCUCUUUGGGGUGAUCCCCAGCCCCAAGCUGGAGGACAUCUUCUACAAGAGCAAACCACGCUACUUCAAGCGCACCAGCUCUGCCGUCUGGAGCUCCCCACCCUUCCCGGCUGCCAAAGUGGUUCUGGGUCUGCCCUGUGGCCCAAAAAUGUACUGAGGAGGUGGGUAGUGGCUGUCCUGAGGUGAGAAUUUACUGUUCAGUAUCUGAGUCUUUAGGUAUUAGCAUGAAUAAAUGUCAGCUCACACCUCCUGCAUUUCCUGGUUCUGGGGCUUGUCUUCUCCCUGCUGAGCUUUGGGCAGAUGCUGCCUUCGAAAGAGGCUCCUCUUACUCUGAGCUGUAAGCUGGCAGAGAUUUACACCUCUGGCCAUGGCAUUUUAUCACCUUAAGCUCUGUGAUCC